AUGAGUGAGCAGGAGAGAGAGACAGAGGAGGAUGAGGGAGGGGGCGCUUCAGACACGGCACCCAUGCUGCCCCGAAGGCUUCCUGACCGCCAGGCCUCAGACCUGAUGUCCCCAGGGUGGGCAGGCCUGGCUGCCCAAGGCCUGGGGACCCUGCUGCUGCCUGGUCGGGCCCUGGCUGGGCUCCUGCUCUAUCUGCUGCUGCCCGCAACCGUGUUUCUGCUGGCGCUGCUGCCCGCAGCCACCACUGUGUACCUGGGAUUCCUGUGCCACUCGAGGGUCCACCCGGCGCCCCGCCCCGCGUGCCGCGCGCUGCUGUCCGACCGCGGCUCCGCGGCGCUCAUCGUGUCGGGAUUCCUCUCGCUCCCUCCGCUGCUGGUGCUCGCCUCGGCCGCCCGCGCCCGCCUGGCCCGACGCCUCCGCUCGCUGCUGCCACCCCCGACCUGGAGUCCCGGACCCCGCCACCAUCCCGACGGGGAGGAGCAGCUCUAAGCCUGGGUGUGACCCCAGAGGCCUCUCCCAAUCCCGGAGGCCCCCGAACUCCCCCCGUGUCCCCCAUCGGUGGCUCCAGGCUGGUGAGCUCAGGGUCUGCGUCCAGGUCCCGGCCGGGAAAUCCCGUGCGCGCCGCGCGGCCCUGUGCGCAGUGCUCCGAGGGGCCGCGAGGUGGCACCGGACUCCCCCGGACCGGGGCGGCCCUUCCCCACCCUCACCGGCCUCCACAGUCCCCGCAGCCGCCAAGUUGCUGGGACGCCCCCAGAGAACAGGGAGACGGCUCUCGGAGAAGGGGCGCGUGGCCAGGCUCGGAGAGAGGCGGCCUUCCUGGCUUCUGCCACUGUGGCUGUCCUGGGCUCCUGUGCCCCGACAACGGGCAGUCCCUGCGGGCCCCCUGUCUGGUCCGGCAGCGGCCUCCAGCGAGUCCCAGAGGCGGGGAGACUUCCACGCUCCACGGUUCCGGAACUUCAGCGGCCAGAGCACUAGGGCGUGCAGGGCUCAGCCCGAGACCCGGGUUAGCGUUUAGAGUGAGGGCUCUGUCUGUUCUCUCUGGAUAAUUUUAAGAUCUUUUCCGUCUUUUGCUUUCUGUGCUUUUAAGCAUGUUUCUGGUUGUGGCUAUGUUCUUAUUUAUCCCCUUGGUACACACGGUGUGUCCCGUUUCUACAGAUUCACAUCUUUCGUCAGUUCAGGAGAAUUCUCAACCGUUAUUUCUUCAAUUCUGCCUCAUUCAUUCUACAUAUUCUUUCUUGGGAAACACCUAUUAUGUGAAUGCUUCCCACUGUGCUUUUACCACUCAUGUCAGUUCAACUCUCUUCUGUGUUUUCCAUCUCCUUGUCUCCCGGUGCUGCAUUCUGGGCAAUCUCCUCAUCUCCCUCUUUGAGUUCACUAAGCACUGGCUGAGUCUAAUCUGCUGAUUAUCACAUCCAUUUAACUUAGAUUAUUAUGUCGCCCUAUCUAAAAGUUAUACUACUCACUUCUUAUUCAAAUCUGAUGAUUCUGAUGAUCUCUUGGUGCAUGCUCGUGAUUUGGAUUCCAGCUUUGACUUCUGGAACAUUUCACACAUAGUUGUUUCUUUUUCUUUUAAUUAUUUAUUUUUUGUCAGUGCCCUGCGGCAUGCGACAUCUUAGCUCCCCAACCAGGGAUCAAACCCUCACCCCCUGCAUUGGGAGCGUGGAGUCUUAACCGCUGGACCGCCAGGGAAGCCCCACACCUAGUUAUUUUACAGACUGUACCUAACAACUGCACUCCCUCUGCCUUUGGGGGUCUAAAUCUGUUCUUUGCUGCUUCUGCUGACUCAGUGACAGCAUAGCGUUUCUUUGAAUGUUUGUACUUGUCAGCAUCAGCCCACACCUGUGAACAUUCUGAGGCCACGUCCCUCCACAGAGGAUGCCCUUGUGAGGCGUGUCCAACCUGGGCCCCUGUUAAGGUCCUGGUCAGUACCCCACUGUGCAGGGCACCCACGCUGUGGCCCCCUGAUGCAGUGUGGCUCUCCAUCCCUGUGUUCAGGGAAUUCUCUGCUUUACCCUUUGUUUCCAUUCAUCAUCCUGGGUUUCUGUUCCCUAUUCUUCUACCUGUUUAUGCACUUCUUUCUAGCAUUUC